GUUCAUAAAACGUCCAAAAUAAUGUACGAAAAAAAAUUAUUCCAGAUAAAUAAUUUAACAAAAUGCGGAUAUAUUUUUAAAACAACAAUUACUGCAGAUGACUAUUACUUGGUCCUGUCAUGCAUGCAAUGUGACAAUGUCUUCUGGGAAUUGGCAACAUUUUUAAGUCAUAUAAAAACACACAACAUUCCAAAAGAUGAACUUCAUGCACAGGAGGGUUCGGUAUUUGGAAUCAUUAAAACGUUUGAGGAAAAGUCAGACAAAGAAAUGGAUCCCCUUGGGGAAGUUUCAUACAGUUAUGAUAACUCCAAGAACAUUAAAACAUUUAUCAGAAAUGAGACAACAGAUGUGACCAUUCAAGAAUUGGAAACAGCUAAUGAAACGGUUGAUAGUGAUAAAGAGAUAAAUGAUAAUGAUUUUGAGCUGAAACCCCAUUCUUGUUUUGAUGAAAAUUUGAACGAUUUUAAUAAUGAUUAUAUGCCGAAUGAAUAUGCAGAGCAUUGUUCCAAAUCUGUGGAAGAUUCCAACCUAAAUCUAAAGCAACUGAGUAAAAAUCGCAAGUUUAUUGCAUCUCUUAUCGAUGCGUAUAAAAACCAACCACAGCUAUGGGAUACAUCUAAAAAAACGCGAAAUUCCAAAAGAAAGCAAGAAGCAUAUAAGAACAUACUAUACGCCUUGAAUGAAGAGUAUCAAGUUAGUGGCUCAACAACCAAGCAAAUUGAAAUAAUUAUCAAACGUCUGCGACUGCAAUUCACUCACCAUUAUAAAAGCUUGCACAAUGACAAAGAAGAAAGUUCUAGCUUAUGGUUUUAUAAUAUGUUGAAAUUUAUAGAACCGCAUAUCGAAGGGGUAUAUAAGCAGAAAAAUAUUUCCCCGCCGCUGUCAGAAGAAAAUUGGCUUAUUUUGAUUAACCUAUAUAAAAAGAAUGAAUGUCUCUGGAACGAAGCCAAUAUAUAUCACACCUCCAUCAUGUACCGGCAAGAAACCCUUGAGGCAAUGACUAAUGAGUUCAUUGUCUUGUCGAAACUGGAAAAUAUAUCAACAAUCGAACUUAAAACUUUUCUUGAAGACUUAAAGGCAAUGGCAGUAAACGAAAAUAAACGUUUAUUGAAAGAAGAAGUUACUGCUGGUAAGACUCAUACGUUUCCAAAGUUUAAAGAAGAACUGAAUUUUCUCUUGCCCCAUGUGGGACCAUUUGUUUGCUGUCACUGUAAGAAAACGUAUUCAGAUGUGUACGCUUACAAGUUCCAUGUUGCCCAACAUGAAGGCAAUAAACCUUUUAAAUGCAUGGUCUGUCAUAAGGAAUUGACACACAAAAAGGAAUUUAUGUGUCAUUUAAGACGUCAUACCAAAGAGUGUCCCUUCCAGUGUGAAGUCUGCAGUAAAUCUUUUCCUAGCAAAAAGGAAUGGCAACGCCACAUUGUAAAACACGGUUCAAAACCAUACAUCUGCGAAUUGUGUGCCGAUAGUUUUUAUACUCAGCAUCAAUUAACCAAUCACAUGAAGAACCAUGCAAAUAUACGUGAUAAUGUAUGUUCCGAAUGCGGUAAAGGAUUUACCCACCGCGGACUGUUGCGUCAACAUUUACAAACUCACAGUAAAACUGAAAGUCAAUGCACCAUAUGUAGCAAUGUCUAUGCAAAUCCCAGAAGUCUACGUAAGCACUAUGUACGUGCUCAUGAAAUACACGAAGACAAUUCUACGCAAACGUAUAACUGUAAGAUAUGUAUGAUCACAUUUCCCACAGUUAAAGAUGCGAAGCAACAUCGCAAGGAACACAGGCAAAGUUUUCCGAAUAAACGUCAUACCUGCGAUAUAUGUGGAAAUAAUUUUGCUUAUCCUAGAAAUUUAGCAGACCACAAAAAAACUCAUUCCAAUGUACGUGAUCAAAUAUGCGAUAUCUGUGGCAAAGCAUUUACAAAUGCAAAUCUAUUGAAUCAACACAAAAAUGUCCAUAAUGGACAGAAGUUUGAAUGCAAGGCUUGUGGUAAGGAUUACGCGCACUACCGUGGACUUUAUCGUCAUAUUGUAAGAGCACACGGUUCAAAUAAUAAAGAUCCAUGCGCUGCGAUUGCAAAACAGAAACAAGAAAUUCAAACCGACUAUAUAUUUGCCCAAUUCCAACUCAAUGAAUAUAAACAUAAGCUAUAUAAAAUGGCCACACUAAGUAGUUUGUCCAACUAUAGCACCUAUGCCAAUUAUACAAAAUGUGGGGAAAUAUUAAAGUCACCAGCAAUUGGAGAAAGACAAUAUGCACUUUUAUGUCUACAAUGUGAAGAGAUAUGUUUACAGUUCCAGACAUUUGUUAUACAUUUAGAAAAGGAGCAUCAGGAGCUCUCCUUUGCAGAUGUAAGAACAAAGGAGGAGGAAAUUGAUGAUGUAAACGAGCCAUUCGCCACAGUUAGUGAAUUUGCAAAAACCAACGUCGAGAGUGAGGACAAGAAGGACUUGAUUGUGGACCCUUUGGAGGAGCCGGUAGUUUUGUUGAUGAAAAAUCCCAAGCAUAAAGACAAAGAUAAACGUGUUGGUAAAGUCCAGACCAGACAACAGCCAUUAAGUGAGACCCGAAAGAAAAAAUACGAUGAAUUGGUUAAACAAGAACCUGAUGAUGAAAUAAAUCUGGAGAGCAUCCAGGCUAUUGCUGCAAAGCAUAGUGAGUUUCCCAAACCUUUUCUUCAAACCGUUGAACAGUCCACCAUUGCUGAGGCUUUGGAUGAGAAAUCACCUAAUUAUGGAACAUCAUUGAAUAUAAAAACAGAUUUAUCCUAUCUGGACGAUGAUAUAAUAGACUAUGGUGAAGAUGAUGACGAUGAAGAUUUUAUUAUACGCGAUGAUGAUGAUGACGAUGAUUUUGACGACAAGGAAUUCUUAGAUGACACUAAAGAAGGCGAUGAUGAUUUAAAACCAUCACCAGCUAAGAAAUCCAAAGUGAAACUAGAUGUUGGCUUGGAUAUUGAUGAGUUUAUGAACAAUCAGAUUUAUGUUGUAGCCUUUAUAGCAGCCUACCAGAAACAAGACGAGUUAUGGGAUGCUACCAGACCGCCUAAACUGGUAAAUCGUUGCCGCAAGAAACGAGAUGAUUGUUUAAAAAAGAUAUGUCAAGAGUUGCAGGAGUCAGAUGUUCCCAUGACAAUACGAGAUGCCGAGAAAUGUAUUAAAUACAUGAGAGUCCGCUAUAUACGUGAUGUACGCAUACGCAUGAAUUACAUUAAAAAUAAGGAUAAAGACUAUAAGCCCUUGUGGUUCCAUGACCAUUUGGAAUUUCUAAAACCAACUUUAAGUUUUAUACAAGAGUUGCAAGAGGAACAGCUUUUGGCAAAACCCAAACUGAACGAUGAACAAAUUAUACGUUUAAUAGAUAUUUACAAAAAACAUUCCUGCUUGUGGAACGAACAGGAUAUAUUUUAUUAUUCGGAGCAAAGGCGUCACGCUGCUCUACAAACUGUUAUUGGGGAGGUAAAGCAGGAAUUGCAAUUAAAUUAUACUGUAGAUGAAGUGGAGGAAAAAAUCGAAUUUAUACAUAAAAUAGUUAAGAAAGAAAAGGAGAACUGCAUCGAAUACACCACCAACAAACCCAAUGGGGAGUAUAAAUCAUCCUGUAAAUUUUACAAUCACAUUUCAUAUCUUCUGCCACAUUUGGGUCCCUUUAAGUGUCAAUUUUGUCCCAAGGUCCUAAUGCAUGUGGCCACAUUUCGCAUACACGUAUCGAAACAUGAUGGCUCCAAACCAUUUAAAUGUUCCAUUUGCAAUUAUGAAUUCACCCAAAAGCCGGGCUAUGUUAUACACCUGCGUCGUCAUACUCAAGAUUUUCCAUUUGUGUGCAAAUACUGUGGCAAGGGAUUUCCUUGUAAAAAAGAACUCAAAUUGCAUUUCCAAAAUCAUCCAGAAUAUGAGAAAGAAUUCAUAUGCGAUGUGUGUGGUGAAGGUUUCACCCAACAAAAGCUGCUCAAUUGGCAUUUGAAAGCACACAACAAUAUAAGAGACUCAAUAUGCAAUAUAUGUGGCAAAGGUUUUACAAAUUCCAAGUUAUUAUUUCAACAUCGCACUGUGCACAGUCAAGAGAAAAGUGUGUGCAAACUGUGUGGCAAAACAUAUGCACACUAUCGUGGCCUUUCGCGGCAUAUGAGUAAGGAUCACGGAACUACGGUGGCGGCGGUAGCAGCAGUUAUGGGAGAGAAACCCAAAAAGAGGGUACUAACCAUAAAUGAAAUAAGCUAGAUGUAAGUAAUAUUUAUUUUAAGUUAUUAAAAAAUUACAUUUUUAUUAAUUUUAAUAAAAAAAAAUGUACAUAUAAAAUGAGAUAAGGGAAGAAAGAAUUAAAGAAUGCCGUAAGCCGUUAUACACAUAAAAUAUGGCAAAUUGGCCUACAAACAUUACAUUAAGGAACAGAGGGCAAACUUCUCACAUAUUAACUAGAGAUGUUGUUGUUGUAGCAGUGUAUUGUACACUGAGGCGGCAGCCCUUGCCGGUGAAGUACUCCAUCGGGUCAAUCCGGUACGUACAACCGGCUGCCAUGGGAUUGAACUAGAGAUGUCUCUUUGCUCGAUGAUCUGCAUAUAUUCGUAUGUAGUCCACCAUCAGGAGAUAUAUCCUUCCUAUCCGAAAAAAAUGUUAUCAGUUGUUGUAGC